AUGGACCCUCACCUCAGCUCCCACGUCCACGCGGCGGCGGCGGCGGCGGCCGCAGCCUCGGCCUUUCCGAAUGGUAAGAAGGUGGAGAUGAAUGACGUGCUGCCACCGGGGGCUGUCAUCCUAGACGUCGAGGCGGGUGCGCCGACGAACGCGGCCGUGCCCGAUCCGCGCGACGUCGACGGGGACGCCGCCGGCGUCGACUACAUGGCCCGCGCGCAGUGGCUCCGCGCGGCCGUACUCGGCGCGAACGACGGCCUCGUCUCCGUGGCCUCCCUCAUGAUCGGCGUCGGCGCCGUGAACGCGACGCGCAAGGCCAUGCUGGUGUCCGGCAUGGCGGGGCUCGUGGCCGGCGCCUGCAGCAUGGCCAUCGGCGAGUUUGUCUCCGUGUACGCGCAGUACGACAUCGAGGUGUCGGAGAUCAAGCGCAACGGCGAGGAGGAGGAAGGCGCGAGGGAGAGCCUGCCGAGCCCGACGCAGGCCGCGGUCGCGUCGGCGCUAGCGUUCGCGUUCGGCGCGCUCCUGCCGCUGCUGGCGGGGGUGUUCGUACCGUCAUGGGCCGCCAGGGUGGCCGCGGUGUGCGCCGCGACCAGCUUCGGCCUGGCCGGGUUCGGCGUGGCGGGCGCGUACCUGGGCGGCGCCAACAUGCUGAGGUCCGGCCUGAGGGUGCUCCUGGGCGGCUGGUUCGCCAUGCUCGUCACGUUCGGCGUGCUCCGGCUGUUCGGGACGGUGUUCCACAUACAAGUCUCGUCGGCGUGA